UCCAUCAAAUCUCUCUCUCUCUCUCUCUCUCUCUCUCCUCUAAAAUCUCGGCAUCUCUUUGGGAAAGAAGAAGAAAAUGGUGAUCACAACGACGACGCCGGACUCCGGCGAGCAGGUGCACUCAACUUUUGGUUCCAGAUAUGUGCGCGAACCCCUUCCCAAGUUCAAGUUGCCGGAGAAGGCGAUACCGAAGGAAGCGGCGUACCAGAUCAUAAACGACGAGCUGCUUUUGGAUGGGAUACCGAGGCUGAACUUGGCGUCGUUUGUGACCACGUGGAUGGAGCCUGAGUGUGAUAAGCUCAUAAUGGCCUCCCUCAACAAGAACUACGUUGACAUGGACGAGUACCCUGUUACCACCGAGCUCCAGAAUCGGUGUGUGAAUAUGAUAGCCCACCUAUUUAAUGCUCCUUGUGGGGAAUCUGAAGCUGCUGUUGGUGUGGGCACCGUUGGAUCAUCAGAGGCAAUAAUGUUGGCAGGUCUAGCUUUUAAAAGGAAGUGGCAGACGAAGAGAAAAUUAGAGGGAAAGCCAUAUGAUAAGCCUAACAUAGUCACUGGAGCCAAUGUACAGGUUUGCUGGGAGAAGUUUGCUAGGUACUUUGAGGUGGAGCUGAAGGAGGUAAAACUUGAAGAGGGAUAUUAUGUGAUGGAUCCUGUGAAGGCAGCAGAGAUGGUAGAUGAGAACACCAUCUGUGUUGCGGCAAUUCUUGGAUCAACCUUGACAGGAGAGUUUGAGGAUGUGAAGCUCCUGAAUGAUCUCCUUGCCAAAAAGAACAAGGAGACAGGGUGGGACACGCCAAUCCACGUUGAUGCUGCCAGUGGAGGGUUCAUAGCCCCAUUCCUUCACCCUGAGCUGAAGUGGGAUUUCCGCUUGCCCUUGGUGAAGAGCAUAAAUGUCAGUGGUCACAAGUAUGGCCUUGUCUAUGCUGGUGUUGGCUGGGUUAUUUGGAGGAGUAAAGAGGAUCUGCCAGAUGAGCUUGUCUUUCACAUCAACUAUCUUGGAUCCGAUCAACCCACCUUCACCCUCAACUUCUCCAAAGGCUCUAGCCAAAUAAUUGCUCAAUAUUACCAGUUUAUACGGUUGGGCUUUGAGGGUUACAAGAACAUCAUGGAAAACUGCAUUGAGAAUGCCAGAGUGCUGAAGGAAGGAAUAAAGAAAACAGGGCGAUUUGACAUUGUCUCCAAGGAUGUUGGAGUGCCCCUGGUAGCCUUCUCCCUGAAAGACAGUAGCAAAUACACGGUGUUUCAGAUAGCAGAGAAUUUGCGAAGGUUCGGGUGGAUCGUUCCAGCUUACACAAUGCCACCCAAUGCCCAACACAUUGCCGUCCUUCGGGUAGUGAUCCGAGAGGAUUUCAGCCGGACCCUGGCUGAGAGGCUUGUUACAGACAUUGACAGAGUUUUGAAGGAGAUGGACCAACUCCCCAGCCAUGUCUCCAUCACAGCUGGUCAUGUCACAACUACUGUUGGUGAGACACAAGACGACAAUGGAGGAAGAAAGCAUGUUCAAAAGAGUGUGAGUGAGUCUCAGCUUUUGGAGGUAAUUAACACCUGGAAGCGAUUUGUGGAUAGAAAGAGAACUGGAGUUUGCUAGUCCUCCUAUUUGCGUCUUAUGCUACCUCGUACUAUUGAUCUUUGAUUUAUCCAAGGGACUGGACAUAGGCAUAUGUUGUUACUUAUUGCUGUGUGGAUUUGUUGAUGACUGUUAUACAAAUGGUUAUCACAUAAAAUCUGUUAUGUUGCUGAAGUAUGGAAACUAUUUCUUUCAUUAUAACUAUUUGACAAUUACUUCUUUUGCA